ACCUAUUGUGUGAGUGGGGAGCUGAGGCUGUGUCACAAGAGGAGUGGGCCAGUGUUAGAGUGGGAAGCCAAGGCUGUGGCUCAAGAGGUUUUGGUGAGAAGAAGCGGAGGCUAAGGAGUUGGUGACAUGGAACAAGAGUGGGAGAUUUGAAAAGAAGCUGCGAAGGGAAUGCGCAUGUGCAGUUCCCGAUGACAGAAUGGCCGGGGCUCGCGUGCCCGCUGACACAGGGUUCCAUUCGGCACGAGAAGCGCUUGCGUGAGGUCACGUGUCCCUUGUGCCAGCUCAGAGCCGCAGACUGGGGCAAUGGACGGGGGAUUCCGGCGCCGUUCGUGCGCCCCCAGCCGCCCGCCUCUCGUACUGUGUCUGUAUCUGGUGGGCUUUCUGGACUUAUUUGGUGUGAGUUUGGUAGUUCCUUUAUUAAGUCGACACAUCAAGCUUCUUGGAGGAAGCUCGACAGUAACAGGACUAAUAGGUUCUCUGUAUGGACUCCUCCAACUGUUUUCCAGUGUAGUAAUUGGUUCCUGGAGUGAUGUUGUAGGAAGACAAAGGAUAUUAUUGGUCACUUUGAUACUUAGCGGAUUUAGCUAUGGCCUGCUAGGUGUCUCCAGUAACGUCUGUUUGGUUAUACUGGCUAGGAUUCCCACAGGUAUCUUCAAACAUACACAGACUAUCUUAAAAGCUCUUCUGUCAGACAUAGUUCCUGGGUAUGAACGCCCCUAUGUGAUGGGAAGGUUCUGUGCAGCUUCCAGUGUUGGAUUCAUCCUGGGCCCAAUACUUAGUGGAUAUCUUGUUGAGCUGGAUGGAGGUUUCUACACAACAUGCUUCAUCUGCUGUUUCAUUUUCUUUGUUAAUGCAGGUGUAGUCUGGUGGUUGCCUUACAAAGAAUGGUUCUAUGUUCCAACACAAGAAUUGCACUUAAUGACAGAAACCAAUUGUGAAAGCACAUGCACUAGUCUCUGUAAAGAAGAAAACAGGAAACAUUUGGACAGAGCAAGCAAUGGAGUAAUGAAACACAAAACAUCAGAUCCUCUCUGGAGUCAGUGCAUAUCCGUGGGACAAAAAAUAAAAGGACUAAUCUGUUCUAAUCUGUGGGACAUCUUUCUGGUAAGGUUUCUGAUGGCUCUAGCUAACCUCUUGUAUUUCAGCAAUUUUGUUCUGGCCAUUGAAGAAAGAUUUAGUGUGCCACCAAGCCUAAUAGGAUACCUCAUCAGUUAUGGUGGAAUAAUUGGCACUCUGUCAGGUUGUAUAGCAGGCUCUGUUGCCCGACUGUACAACAACAAAACCUUAUUAUUAUUGUUACAUUCCAGUAUCCUCACAUCCUGCACCAUGGCGGUGUACUCCUUUGCUACAUCCAUUCAGAUUGUUGUGCUGUGCACAACUGUUCUAGGGUUUUCAACCACUAUUGGCCGUAUGUGUGUCACAGAUGUGGAACUGAGCAGGAUUGAGAAGCAGGCCAGAGGUACACUCAUCGGAGCUGGACAGUCAGUGACUGCUGUUGCUCGGAUACUUGCCCCACUGCUUUCUGGACUUAUUCAGGAGGUGAGCGUAUGUGGUCCACCAAGGCUUGGGGCAGUCUUGGCUUUACUAGCUAUUUUACUCAUGAUUUCCAUUUGUUCAAAACUCUGCAAAACCACAGAGGCUAAAGUCAAGUUACAGUAAGGGAUUACUGCAAGUGUUGGCAGAUAAACUGACUUUUUCUGAAAGAAUAUGUGGGCCAAAGUAUUGUGCUCAUGUGUAACUAAUUUUCUGUACUGGUCUGUGUUUCUGUCUGUUACUGAUUUUUGUCCUUAUUGUGAAUGGCGUGUUCACAGGUGGAGAAUAGCCACCUGCAAGAGGUCAAGGCUUGUAAAACCAUAACUCUGCUUGUAACGAAACGAGUUUGGAUGAUAAAUUUUAUUUAUGACCCAUCAUGGACUUAAAUUUUACAUAAGUACUCUGUGUAUGAAAAGUUCAAAUCACACCAUUUUUAUCAUAUCCAAGUUGAUAUCCAUAUCAUACUUCAUGUACUUGCCUCCCCAAUCCAAACAAACCUGCAUUUUGUGGCAUCUUAUGUCUCAAAACAUUUUUUAACCACUAGAAUGUAUUUGUGAAGUCUAGUUACUGUCAUGUUGAUAAACAACCUGCCUCUUUGGCACUGUUCUCUACAGUGUCACUUACUUUAUACCAUCCCACUUUCCAAUAUGGAUAUCUGUCUGUUAUUGCCACACCUAAGCUUCCCAUCCAUCUGUGUCUAUUUGACUAUACAUCCAAGCAAUCUGAAAAAGUGCCCAUUCUGGCCCCAAUGCUCCAUCCUCCCAAGCGCAAAUAUUUUCCUUUGGCCUAGACCACUACUUCUCGCUCAUUUGCUCCCAAAUUUCCCACCCCCCACCUCACCAUUCCCCAUUCUUAAUCCACCCCUAACAGCUUUGCAUGCUAUGUUUCAAUUCCUCACUACUUUCUUCCCCUGCUCCAAUACCCCUAGAAAACUUCUUCCCAAUACUCUGAUGCCUUACAGCCUAUUACAUGCAUCCAUCUUUGUUCAGCUGUCUACGUUCCCUGACCAUUUCCUUCGAGCCCAUCAUUCUCCCAGAUAACCAGAACCUACUCAAGGGCCUAAACUGUCUGCAUUCCAGGCUCUUGUGCCAACCUCACCUAUUUGUAUCAUAAAUCCCAAAGACCCAUUUAAAGGCUGAUUGAUUAACAUUACUAUAUUUAACCUUUGGCCACCUAACUUUCACUUUCAGAAAUUCCUUUCCCUUCUCUUUUGAGAGCUUCCUUAAAGCAUACACAUUUUAUUUGAAGUUUUGGUCAUUCUUUCCAAUCCCCUAUUCUUUGCCUGUUGAGCACUUAAGGAUAUCUUCCUGCAUUAUCUUGUGGGAUGUUUCAUUCCAUUAGAACUGCUGUAUAAAUUUUAAAUGCAUUUUUUUUGUUACACUGAAUGUGUAGAGGACAGCUUUUGCUCCUGUGCAAGUAAAAUUGAUUAUAAUGUAGGCCUUAAACUUGUUAAUUUAAGUAAGUUAUUUCAUAAAUCUGAAUACAGAUAUUUAAUUUGCACUGUGGUGAAUGUGAUCAAACUGAAGUGUAUAGUUAAAAUAGCUAGUUAAUAUUUGCAUUGCAUUAGCUAGUUGCAAAUGACUUCAUUUUUAAUCUUUUCAUGGAACAAUCUAAAAUUGCUGACAUUACAAAGGGUGGAAUGUAUGUACAAUACAUUUGAACCGACCUGUGUUUAAACAAGUCAUUUUCAAAUUCUUGUUCUGUGUGCUGAACCCAGUGACAGGAACAAACCAAGAUUUCCUGCAGAGUUCACAUCUAUGCCAGAAAACAAAGAUCAGCAUAAACACACACCCAAAGCAACAACAUGUUUGGUAGUAACAGCAGACAGGAAGCAACCUUGUGAUUACUCGGAAAUCUUGCCUGUUGUGGAACUUGCCGUAUUGAAAGUUCAUACAGUUUGUGAACUGGCAUGAUUUUAGGCUUGCUGAGAAUGACAGUCCUUUUGCAUUAUGAUUUAUCCACUGAACCUGUUAAGACCUGCCUGUUAAGACCUCUUGUUACAGACCUCAUUAUAGCCUUGGACCAAAUAUGGACAGAAGAGCUGAAUUACUUUGGUGACAAUCUUGAAAUCAAGACAACAAUCAUGAAAGGAGCCUGAGUUUAAAAAAAAAAGUCUGUGAGAGUUGUCAGCAUGAGAGUUGAGAUGAUACUCUUCAACAUUUACUUGAUUUAAAAAUGGUGGUGGUUGUUGGAAGUCAAUCAGGAUGCAAUUGGAAGCUUUGCUGCAAGAAAUUGGGGCUGUGCUUUAGGCCCCAACCAUGAUCUUUCUUUGACCAAAAUUCAACUUCUUUUUAGUUCUUUAGACGUAAACCAGACUUGGAUGACCUGUAAGGCACUUAACUGUACCUGAUCUCUUCUAUGUAGCAUCCAGUAGUAUUAACCACACCAUCUGAUAUACACAUAUCCUGGGGCUGCCAAUGGAAUCAUGAUGGCUCCUGGAGCAGGUCAUUCACAGGGUAUGUUGUGGUGAAUGGCUCUCCUAACUCCAUAUGAGUAUAAUGGAAAUCCUGAUUUGGCUUUCUAGAUUUAGCCACAGCAUUUGAAGGACAAAAUAUUCAUCUUACUCACCAGCCCAUCCACUGUCUAAGAUAUCUACCACUCUGACUUCCAGUGAUAACUACAGUGUAUCCUAUCUCUUGGAUGCAUCACAGUAUUAACAGCACCAGUAGUAAUAGCAAAAGCUUUUUGUUGUUCCCCAAAUUUAUUCCAGAUUUUAUUUUGGUCAUCACUAUGGUUCACUAGCAGCAAUGUAACUAAUGAAGCACAAGUUUUUAGGUUCAGGUCCCAUUCCAGACACCUGAACACAAACUUUAGGUCAACCCUCCAAUAUAGUACUGAGGGAGUCUUUCACUGGCAAAAACAGAUUAUCUGGUUAUUCUCUCAUUAAUGAUUUUCAGGGAACUUUAGUAAUUGCAAAGUAGAUGCUACCUUUCCUGUAGUAACCAAAUUUAAUUGGUUGUAAGACAUUUGGGAUAUCAUUAGGACAUGAAAGAAUGCAAGUGUUCCUUUUUGACAAUACCUCCCAAACUUGCAUUCUCCACCAGUUGGAAGGACGAGCAGAAGGUACAAUGUAAUAUGGUCACUUCCAAAUUCUCUUCUCUGUCCAGACCAUCCUAACUUGGGUGUAUCAUUGUAAUUCUUGGUCCUUGGUCAUUGGUCAUAAUAUUGCAACUCCCCAUCAUCGUAUGUUUAAUUUGUACAAAGUAAAGUUUAGGGGAUAUGUUGUCCAAGCAGUCUGCACUGGUGUUCAUUAUCCACAAGAGCACUGACUCUCAUGAUAAGCAUAUCCCCUCACCUCCAAUUCUUUUCAGCAUAUUCUCAACUGAUUCUUGACUUUAUUGAUAAUUGUGCCAUGGCCUCUGGUCCUCCUGAGUAAAUAAAAAUUCCUCACUCCCUUAAAUAUUUUGGUAUCCAACUACUAGCUAUCACUAUCUCAAAGCCACUUACAUAAACAUGCACUCAUACACACAAUUUAACAUCAUCUAUGCUGUAUCAGCUCAACAUUCUCUUUUGGUGAAACUAUUAUAAUGUUUGUGCUUAUGAUGUGGUCAGAAGUAUGGUGGCAAUGCACUGAACAUGCUUCAUUGUGAAUUGCACUGCUUCCUGUGUUGUUAAUGAACAGUCCUAGCCUAUUCUCAACACUUCUGUCUGCAAAAAUUGUGCAAUGUGCAGUUAGUGAGUAUUUUCUAAGAUAGUGGCAACACGCAGAUAUUCCAUUACUGU